GGCGGCCGAGAAGGCCCCUUCCUCGGCGGAGAAGAAGCCGAAGGCCGAGAAGAAGAUCACCAAGGAGGGCGGCGAUAAGAAGAAGAAGAAGAUCAAAAAGAGCACCGAGACUUACAAGAUCUACAUUUUCAAGGUUUUGAAGCAGGUCCACCCUGACAUUGGGAUCUCCAGCAAGGCCAUGGGCAUUAUGAACAGUUUCAUCAACGAUAUCUUCGAGAAGCUCGCGCAGGAGGCUUCUAAAUUGGCUAGAUAUAACAAGAAACCGACGAUCACCUCCCGGGAGAUCCAGACCGCCGUUCGAUUGGUGUUGCCUGGUGAGUUAGCGAAGCACGCCGUAUCUGAAGGAACUAAAGCCGUGACUAAAUUUACCAGUUCUUAGGUUUCCUAAUCAGUGAAUUUUUGGAUUAGGGUUACGUUUGCAGUUAUGGUAUUUUUUUGUUUGUUUGUGUAGAUCCUGGUUUCUAUGGUGUUAGAUGUAACGAACUAAUAGUUUUAAUGAAUAACAAGUGCUUCUAUUCGAUAGAAUUUUCCA